AUGCAGGCAAUUAAUUAUGGUUAUUUAUUAGGAGUAGUAACCUUUAAUGAUGGUGUGAAAACUAAUGUAUUAGCAGGAAAGAUGGCAGGAAAGUUUACUCCUCUUAAUCAAUUUAAUAAUAGUGCUGUAAUCGUGGUUGUUAUUCCA